CACGCCUCUUUCCGGAGCCUGCUCCCGGAAGUGCUGGUGUUUGUGGCGGGCGUGAUGGCUUCAAGGUUACUUCGCGGAGUUGGAGCGCUGGCCGCGCAGGCCCUUAGGGCCCGCGGUCCCAGUGGAGUCGCCGCGGUGCGCACCAUGGCAUCUGGAGGUGGUGUUCCUACUGAUGAUGACCAGGCGACUGGGCUGGAGAGGGAGGUCAUGAUGGCUGCACGGAAAGGACUGGACCCAUACAAUAUGCUAGCCCCAAAGGCAGCUGCAGGCACUAAGGAAGACCCUAAUUUAGUCCCAUCUAUCACCAACAAGCGAAUAGUGGGCUGCAUCUGUGAAGAGGACAAUAGUACCGUCAUCUGGUUCUGGCUGCACAAAGGCGAGGCCCAGCGAUGCCCUAGCUGUGGAACCCAUUACAAGCUGGUGCCUCACCAGCUGGCCCACUGAGCCUUUGCACUAACUUACUCAAAAUGUGCUGUGAAGUUUAUUCUUUCCAAUAAAGACUAGCCAUUGUGUUGGCUCCUUCUCCCAUA